AUGGUUUUGGAUAUUGACCUUUUCCGUGUGAAGAAGGGAGGAGAACCCGAUGUAAUCCGGAAAUCCCAGAAAGACAGGUAUAAAGAUGUGACCCUAGUGGAUAAAGUCAUUGAAACCGACGAGACUUGGGUUAAAGGUAAGUGUUCAUGUUGUUUUUGAUUAUGUAUUGCUUUUCGGUUGAGUAAAAAUUAGUUUUUCAGUCAGAUUUACUUUGGACAACUUAAAUCGAUUGAAGAAUGUAACGAGCAAGGCUGUGGGAGAAAAAAUGAAGGUGAGUUGUUUCCUUUAUGAUGAAUUCUUUGAGAUUAUAGAAAAAGGAACCACAAGGAAAUGACCCAACGGUUCCCGACGAUCUAGUUUCUCGGUUAGAGGACUUGAAGCUGGAGGAUGUCUCUGUAAGUUUCUUUUUAAUCCUUUUAUUCUGAUUUUUAGAAGCUGACUGUAGUACAGAUCAAAAAAUUAAAGGAAUUAGUUGAGGAGCAGAUGGUAAAAGCCAAGGAUGAAAUGACAAGGCUUGAGACCGAAAGAGACGGCUUCCUUGGCCAAAUUGGCAACAUCCUACAUUCCAGUGUUCCUGUUAGCGAUGAUGAAGCUAACAACAAAGUCGAAAAGAAGUUUGAAGGAGCGGAUGGAUUCACGAAGAAGAAGUAUUCCCAUGUGGAUUUAGUUGUUAUGGUUGAUGGAUUCGAUGGGGAGCGCGGAACAACUGUUGCUGGAGGUCGAGGAUAUUUCUUAAAAGGUCCUUUGGUCUUUUUGGAGCAAGCGUUGAUCAAUUUGGCUUUGAGGAUUUUGAAUGAGAAUGGAUAUACACCUUUGUAUACUCCUUUCUUCAUGAGGAAGGAAGUCAUGCAAGAAGUUGCCCAACUGAGCCAGUUUGAUGAUGAACUUUAUAAGGUAAAAGGCGAUAUUUUACGUUUUUAUAAUUUAACUUUUAGGUCAGUUCCAAAGGAUCUGAAGUUGUUGGAGACGAUAGUGUCGAUGAGAAGUAUUUGAUCGCAACUUCUGAGCAACCAAUUGCUGCCUUCCACAGAGGUGAAUGGCUGAAUCCUCAAGAACUGCCGAUAAAAUACGCAGGGCUCUCCACCUGCUUUAGACAAGAAGUCGGUUCUCAUGGGCGUGACACUCGAGGAAUCUUCCGAGUCCAUCAGUUCGAGAAGAUUGAACAGUUUGUCAUAUGUUCUCCCCAUGAUGACAUCUCCUGGACACAUUUCGAUGAAGUAUGAACGAUUAAUCAGCGGGUGAACUGUAUUUUUUGUCAUCCUUGGUUUCACUUCUAUUUUAUUUUUUUUUCAGAUGAUUGGCAAUGCUGAGAAGUAUUAUCAAGCGCUCGGAAUUCCGUAUCAUAUUGUUAACAUCGUCUCUGGAGAGUUGAACAAUGCUGCGGCCAAGAAGUUUGAUCUGGAAGGAUGGUUCCCCGGCAGCAAUGCCUUCAGAGAACUGGUCUCUUGUUCCAACUGCACUGAUUAUCAAGCCAGGCGCCUGAAGGUCAGGUUCGGCCAGAAGGCGAUGGAUGGAGAGGUCAACUACGUCCACAUGUUGAACGCCACCAUGUGUGCUACCACCCGAGUGAUCUGCGCCGUUUUGGAGAAUUAUCAAGAAGAAGAUGGAAUCAGGAUCCCCGAUGUUCUCAAGGACUUCAUGCCCGAACCCUACAAGAACAAAAUCCCAUUCGUGAAAGAAGCUCCAAUCGAAGUGGAAGCUAAGAAAGCCCAGAAAAAGAAGUAA